AUGAGUCGCGGUGCGUGGUGGCGAGCGGUACGGCGCGGGGCGGGCGCCGCGGUGGCGGGCGCGGCGGCGGGUGUAUGCGCGGCGGCGGCGGCGGGCACGCUGCUGCACGCGGCGGGCGCUCGCUUGCUGUUCUACGCGCGCCCGCAGCUGCUAUUGCCGCUCUACGCGUUGCCAGCGGUGUGCGGAUGGUGGUGGGGCGCGCGCGCGGCGUGGCGCGGGGGCGGGGGCGCGGCGCUGCGUGGCUGGUGGCGCGCACGCGCGUACGGCGACGCGCUGUGCGUGCUGGCGGGCGGCACGCUGCUCUGCUGCGCGGCGGCCGGCCUGCGCUCCGCCUUCCUGCCGCUGCUGUGGGCGCUGAUGCCCGCGGCGGCCGACGCGGCUGCCUCGCUGCUGCGUCUGGCGCCGCGCGGGCGCGCUCUGUGCUGGGUGUUGGGUGGCGCGCUGCCGGCGGCGCAGACGUGCUACCUGGCGCUGGCGUCGCUCGACAUGUUCGUGCCGAUCAUGGGCCGCGCCGGCACGCCGCCACUGCCGCCCGACGUAAUAAUGGCGGUGUUGGUGGGAGCGCUGACGAUCACGGCCUUGAGCUGGGCGCUGCCGCUCGUGGUGGCUGCCAACAACGUCGACAAGUUGCUGUGGGCGAUGGCGGGCAUGUGGGCGGCGAGCAGCGCGCUGGCGCUGGCGGCGGGCGCGGGUGCGGGCGCGGGCGCCGCGUACAGCGCCGCGCGGCCGCAGCGCGUGCUGCUGUUCCACGUGCGCCGCACCGAGCACGCGGCCGGCGCCGCGCCGCAGCUGCUCUACUGGCUGCCCGAGAUAGACACCAACACGCCGCGCUCGCUGCUAGGCAUCGGGCGUGUUUCAGUUGAGGGCAUGGAGGCGGCGCAGGUGACGUCGGCCGAGGACUGCGCGCGCUGGGUGUACUGCGGCGCGCCGUACUACCUGCCCGUGCGCAGCCUGGUGGCGCGCGGCCACCAGCUGCCCGCAGCCAGCGCGCCCCUCACGCGUCUGCACGCGCGCCUGCAGCUGCAGCGCCUGCAGCGCUCGCGCACCAACGGCACUUUGACCGCGCUACACCUGCACCUACACGGUGAGUGGCGCUGCCCGCAUCCCGGUGGCGCGGAGCCACCAGCUGCCCGCAGCCAGCGCGCCCCUCACGCGUCUGCACGCGCGCCUGCAGCUGCAGCGCCUCCAGCGCUCGCGCACCAACGGCACUUUGACCGCGCUACACCUGCAGCUACACGUGGCGCUGCCCGCAUCCCGGUGGCGCGGGGCCACCAGCUGCCCGCAGCCAGCGCGCCCCUCACGCGUCUGCACGCGCGCCUGCAGCUGCAGCGCCUGCAGCGCUCGCGCACCAACGGCACUUUGACCGCGCUACACCUGCAGCUACACGGUGAGUGGCGCUGCCCGCAUCCCGGUGACGCGGAGCCACCAGCUGCCCGCAGCCAGCGCGCCCCUCACGCGUCUGCACGCACGCCUGCAGCUGCAGCGCCUGCAGCGCUCGCGCACCAACGGCACUUUGACCGCGCUACACCUGCACCUACACGCUACACGGUGAGUGGCGCUGCCCGCAUCCCGGUGACGCGGGGCCACCAGCUGCCCGCAGCCAGCGCGCCCCUCACGCGUCUGCACGCGCGCCUGCAGCUGCAGCGCCUGCAGCGCUCGCGCACCAACGGCACUUUGACCGCGCUACACCUGCACCUACACGGUGACGGUGCGCGGUACGUGGUGUGCGUGGUGUCGCCGGUGGCGGGCGCGCGCGUCAGCUGGAGCUCGGCCGUGGCGCGCCCGCUGGCGGGGCCGCGCUGGGGUGACCGCCACACCUACUUUUUCGCACUGCACCACGCGCGCCCGCAGCCCUCCUGGCACCUGGAGCUGCACAUACAGCAUAAUUUGGAGAGGGAGCCGGAGAAGUUAGUAGACGUGUCCGUGGCGGGGCACAGUCUGUUCGGCGAGGACAAGCUAGAAGACGCGCACCGCCGGCUGCUGGACGCACUGCCCGCCUGGACCGCACCCACUGGAUGGGGCGUUGACCUGCAUCUCUACUCGCUGUAG